UACCAAACAUUAGCAAUCAACGAUUGAAUGAUUGGUAAAAAAAAUCCAUAAUAGUCAAAGUGGAGGGGCUAACUUUGGUGAGGUUGUUGCUAGAGUCUCUUGUCUCUUGCCAUUACCAUCAGAUGUCAUUCUGGCAUCGUGGCAUCAUUGCUGCAUAGUUAGAACAAUGGCGGGUUCGGCUCUCAGACGACUGAUGGCUGAGUACAAACAACUAACCUUGAAUCCACCGGAAGGCAUCAUCGCUGGCCCGAUUAACGAGGAAAACUUUUUCGAAUGGGAGGCUCUCAUCACCGGACCAGAAGGAACAUGCUUUGAAGGCGGAGUAUUUCCGGCAAAAUUAAUAUUUCCUCCAGAUUAUCCACUAAGUCCACCAAAGAUGCAAUUCACCUGUGAAAUAUUUCAUCCUAAUAUUUACGCAGAUGGAAGAGUCUGCAUAAGCAUAUUACAUGCACCUGGUGAUGAUCCAAUGGGUUAUGAAAGCAGCGCAGAAAGAUGGAGUCCAGUGCAGAGCGUGGAGAAGAUAUUGUUGAGUGUAGUAAGUAUGCUAGCAGAACCAAACGACGAGAGUGGUGCUAACGUCGAUGCUGCCAAAAUGUGGAGAGAGGAUCGCAGUGAAUUUGAAAGGAUAGCUCAAAAACUUGUAAGAAAAACCCUAGGUAUCCCUUAAAAUAGAACACAUAUUGUUUACUUAAAAAGAAAAUAAAAAAAAAGAAAAAGUCUAAUUAUAA